GAAGGAAGAAAAAAAAACGUCAAAAAUGGUUCUUCAAAGUGGCAUCACGUUCCGUAAUGCUGGCAAGAAGAACCAACCAGCCAAAUACUCGGAGGAAGGCUCAUCUAGGAGCAUUCACUUGUACGACACGGUGGCGGUGGCGGGAGUUGGCAACCCGCAGCCUAUCCCUCACAUCGGCGGCGGCCGCGGCAAUGGUCGUCACUUCAUUGAUGACAAUAUGCGGCAUGCGGGAUAUAGUACCGAUGCUUUCAAGCCGGUAAACUCCGACCAACAAAGCAAAGAACAAUGUUACGGCAGCUCAGUUGACUACCAACAUGGGCCGUCGCCACAUGUGCAAAAUGGGAUGAAUCAUCCGUUUACCAUUGCGGAGAGCAAUAAGCUAAUGAGCGGCGGCGGAAUACAAAUUCUCGAUGGUAUUAUUCGUUACCGUACGUAUAAGGAGGAGCAAAUAAUCAAGGAACAUCAAAUUCGAUGUCCGAACGGUUACUUUCAUGAAAAGGCGACGGAUCGGACCGGCGACCACGAGGAAUUGAUCAAUUGAAUAUUGAAGGCUUCGAUCUCCUUAGGAUGUUUUCUUUUGGACUGAAAUUUGGUGGUCUGGUCUGAACUGGUCUGGUCUAGUAAACGUUUGGUCUCUGUGUAUUUUAUAACUACAGAAGCCAAGUUUGGUCUGAUCUGGUCUGGUCUGAUUUGGGACUAAAAACAGUCCAAAAGGAAACAUCAUAAACCGCGCUUGUGUAUAUAUAUCCAACCAUUUCGGCAAAUUAUACUGUAAAAUCUAUCAUAAGUUGACCAUAUAAAUUAAAAAUAAUCAAGAU